AAAAAACGGACAGACCAUAGUUGAGCAGGCCUGGUCAGCCGCCUCCGGUAUAGGGCCACCUGGCGAGGGGGCGUUGGGCAGCAAAACAGAGAGAUGGGAACGCACCAUGUCACGAGAGGACAGUAGGGAGGGUUCUGGGCUGUCGAGACCUGCAAACAGCGGGGGUGGAAGGAGGAAUGGACAGGCACGGCGGUUGAAAUGACAACGGCUCCCCAACUCACCAGGCCUGCGACACCUUGCAACGCCAACGUGGGGGCAGCAUACCUGUGAGCUGGCGUACCGUCGCAGCUAUAAGGGUGGGGAGAGAGGGAGUGAGGGAGCAGCACUUCAGAAAAUGGGAAAUCAGCCAGGGAGAGGGAAAGGGGGAAAACGGACAGACCAUAAUUGAGCAGGCCUGGUCAGCCGCCUCCGGUAUAGGGCCACCUUGCGAGGGGGCGUUGGGCAGCAAAACAGAGAGAUGGGCACGCAUCAUGUCACGAGAGGACAGUAGGGAGGGUUCUGGGCAGUCGAGACCUGCAAACAGCGCGGGUGGAAGGAGGAAUGGACAGGCACGGCGGUUGAAAUGACAACGGCUCCCCAACUCACCAGGCCUGCGACACCUUGCAACGCCAACGUGGGGGCAGCAUACCUGUGAGCUGGCCUACCGUCGCAGCUAUAAGGGUGGGGAGAGAGGGAGUGAGGGAGCAGCACCUCAGAAAAUGGGAACUAAGCCAGGGAGAGGGAAAGGCGAAAAAAGGGACAGACCAUAGUUGAGCAGGCCUGGUCAGCCGCCUCCGGUAUAGGGCCACCUGGCCUGGGGGCGUUGGGCAGCAAAACAGAGAUAUGGGAACGCACCAUGUCACGAGAGGACAGUAGGGAGGGUUCUGGGCUGUCGAGACCUGCAAACAGCGCGGGUGGAAGGAGGUAUGGACAGGCACGGCGGUUGAAAUGACAACAGCGGACAUACUCACCAGGCCUGCGACACCUUGCAACGCCAACGUGGGGGCAGCAUACCUGUGAGAAGGCCAUGGACAACCCAGUUAUACGCACGGGGAGUGAGGGAUAGAGGGAGAAGGCCCCUGGAAACGGCCAGUACUGCGUUGAGGUAAGGACGGGAUGAACGGGAUGGGUGGUGUUACGGUUACAACACCAACACAUCCACCAGGAUGAGGCCGGGAGUAGCAAACAAAUGGCCACUGGGCCAACAACAUUGACACGUAUGGGUGAGUAUGAAAGGCCGUCACACGAACUUACCCCCAUUUCGGUUGCGUCUGGAAUUCCCACAAACCGGCCAUCGGGCCCAGUCGGCAGCGCCCCAACCACCCUGACCGGCUUCUCUCCCGACGCGCCAGCCGUUGCCUGAGCCGCCUCUCCCCGUACACCUUUGGCAACGUGGCAUGCUGGCACUCGUGCGAACGCGUCGGGUGAUGCAUCGUCAGCAUCGGAGCCGUCGUGCUUGUCGCUUGCAUCUCGUGGCUUUUCGGCAUCCAGCCCGUCGUGAGCAGCCCCGCACCCGACAGGAGCUGCGUGAACGGGCCUGUGUUGGGCACCGCGUGACCAUGCUCAUGGUCAUGUCCGCCAUUGUCGCCCGUGUUGCCAGCAGCCAUGACACUCUUUUCAUACCGCUCGAGCCGCGCGAAAAGCUCUCUCAGGGUCACUCCGCCGGCAAGAGCGUUGCCGUGUGACUCAGCCAUAUGGCGCAGCUCGAUGCCGGCCUGCUUCGCCUCAUCCCUCUGUACUUGCAUAGACGGCACCUCGCUGGUGGGCACGGCAGCGCGGGUGUUUGCCCCCGUGGGAGCCAAUGACCCAUUGCAAGCCGGGUGGCUUGCGGCGCCCAGCGUCGAAACCCCAUGUUCCGCCCCGUCAGGUGAAGUGUUCGCGAGCAUUCUGAGCCCACCGUACUGUAGCGCACGGAGCAGACGUCGCCCACCAUCAGGUUCCUCAAAAACGCGUUUCCUCUCCUGCUCCGCUCUCGCGGGUGUUGAGACACCACCACCAGUGCUUGGCGACCUGCCAGCAAGGCCACUGCGUGUUGGUGACGCUAACGCUGCAGCCGCCCGAGCUGUGCCGUCUGCGACGCCUUCGCGCUGCAUGGAGCCUGGAGUGUCGGCCUCUGGAUCGCCGGCGUAAAAGUCUUCGACCCGCUUCUCGGUGAAGUCGUUGUCACCGACGUGUGGGGUCUCGUCGGCAUCCUCCUCCACCCGCAAGUCGUAAAUGUUGACCUUGUCAUUGGCGGCAUCAUUCCCAAGAAGUCGCGCGGUGACCACCGGCGGACGACCGUCGCUUCUCCGCCUCGCCCCAUCCGUCCUACCAGCUGCAACACCCUUUGCCGCCCCUGUCGCUGACCCUCGCCCCCCACCGCGCUUCACGGGCUGGCGCUGUUUAUCCUGGGGGAGCACCUCUUCAACGGCAUCUGCUGCGGCUUUGGCGUUCAGCCACACAGCUUGAUGCUGGAAGUCGUCAAGGUCUGCUGGAAAACCCCGGCCGAUGGUGUCUCCCGCACUUCCAGCCAUCGUGGCCUCCCCUUGACCGUUUGGGGACUCCUGCGGGUUGUUGUCCGAGACGCUCUCAACACUCUUGCAUGCACCAGACCCUGCGGCAUCCGUAUGGCCCAAAAUGCAUGCAAACAGGACUACGUUAGCUCGCUGGGCGUGUCUCGGAGCAAACAAUGGUGCGUCAUGCUGAGGUAAGCCACUGGACUCGCGCAUAACAGACUCACCGCUCUUCCACGCACCCGUGCUAGCUUGAGGAAGCGCUCCGAACUCUGCCAGCUUCUUGACGCGUGGCGCGGGCGUGGUCAGUGCUGAACCCAGCCGCACAGCCGUGGCGAGGGUGAGUCCGUACGGUAAACCAAUCGGGUGUGACGUGUUUGCCGGUGCUUUGGCGACGCCACUGUGCAGGUGCGAAGCAGGAGAUGGGUGAUAUUCUCGGUAUUCGGGUAACAGAGCGAGUAGUUUAUUCACACCCUUCAGGUACACCGCCUUGGUUGGCCUUGGGCUGUUACGGCUAGAAGCCUGGUAGACAUUCCCAUCCGUCCAUGCUGAGGGCCUCCUAUCCUGUGGUGGCCGUGAGGAUGCAAUGCUACCCAUACCGGAAACUUGGACUCUAUUGAAAUGCACAACAGCCUCCCUCUCCUCGUCCUAUUGUGGUGACAUUCCUCUGACCAUCGCUUCGCUGCGUACCACUUGCCUCCGCGUCAACCUGUUGCCCAUGAAGCUAGGCGCUUUCAAGAAGUUCGCCAGGAUACGCCAACCGCCGUGCUUCGGACGCCCUCGAGUGACACAUAUUUCACAACAGCGGCAAGAUACUCCGCUUCUGAGCAUCGGGCAAUGAUGCAAAUCAUGCCCCUUAUCAUCCACCUUCCAAGACGGGCGGUGGUGGCUGAGGCUGUAAUCGCAUUUGUGUGCUGGUACAAGUCUCUGUUCCAUGUGGAAUACCACACAGACGCCACGCUGGACGCGGCGGAGGCGGAAACCCACAGGUAACUACCAGUCGCCACACGCCCUCACCCUUUCAUUCUCUCCUUUACUAUGCAGCCCUCAUAUCCCCCUUUUGGCCUGCCGUUGCCCUUGUUAGCACCAUUGUUGAGGCACACCAUUGUUGUAUCGGUGUUUGUUUUGUCGUACAUGGAUGCGCCUGUGCAUCGGUUAGCUCUUGUGGGCCAUGCUGGCGGCGCCACUGAAUCUCUCAUCACCCUGUUUGUACUCAUUGUUCCCAUGUGCUGUGGCCUUCACGAUUACCAUUGGCAGGGUUGUGGCCCUCUUGACGAUGGCAUUCCCAAAUCAUUCGUCCCUUUGGCAGAUCAUCAAAGUCCACAUGCUAACCCACAUAAUUCCUACCAUUCGAAUGCAUGGCCUAACCAAGGAAUACAACUCUAAUCUGUACGAGCAUUCCCACAAAAACACUGUCAAACGUCCCGCGCGCAACACCAACUGGGUGAACGUAACAGGACAGAUCAUCCGUCGCCAUGUGAAGAUGGCCACCCUGAAGGAGCUUACCCGCGAAGUGGGUGGCGAUCCUUCGUACGAGACUGCUAUGAGGCAGGCUACGCUGCUAAACCGGCGAGUUUUGACACGCACCAGUCGGCGCAUGGAUGUCGGGGACCCGCACGACACAAUCCUUGGGGAAUACACCCAGCAGCUUGGCCCUGCACUGAUGAGCAGAUUCAUUGGCGCCCUGCGGCGCGCGCACAUCGCAUCCAACAGCAUCCAGGUUCACACAUCGCUCACCAUUCCCCCCCAUGACCGCAUGGAAUGGUCGGCACGCAGGCAGUUUAUUAAGGCUUCUCCAAAACAGAAGUGGUUCUCGCAUAUCCGGAUUGAUGCUGCCGGCACGGAGUGGUGGGGGCGAGCUCUGGUGUUGUUCAAAGCGUUACACGAGCGUGGGCAUGAGGUGCAGCGUGCUUUCAUCCAGUACUAUUCUGCUGCUCGUGGACCCUGCCCAGACACAGGGUGCACCCGCCUUCUUCCAACGUCUGGCCGAGAUGCAGUGGGUGUCAUCGAUGUUGAUUCGUUUCUGGCUUGUGCGCACAUUGUUCCGUCGUUCACAGCCCGACCGUACCGCCUGGUCAAUCGAUUUUUGUUCUAGCUUGUCUCAGGGUCUUGUUUUUCACACACUGGCCGAUGCUAUGUAACGUAACCGAACUCCAAUCGAU